CUAACAAAAAAGGGCAAAACCCUAGCCCAAAACCAGACAAACACCGGAGUAAAAAGCUCUCUCUCUAAAACCCUAACAACCCCUCUCUCUCUCUCUCUCUCUCUCUCUCUGUCCGCCAUGGCCGCCGGCGUCUUCGAAGAGGACGGCUUCGCGGCCGAGAGGCUGUUCAGCCAGGGCUACUCCUACACUUACGACGAUGUCAUCUUCCUCCCUCACUACAUCGACUUCCCCACUGAUUCAGUCCGACUCGCUACUCAACUCAGUCGCAACAUCUCCCUCUCCAUCCCCUGCGUCUCCUCUCCCAUGGACACCGUCACCGACGCUCACAUGGCCGCAGCCAUGGCCUCCCUCGGCGCCAUCGGCAUCGUCCACUCCAAUCUCCCCGCCGCCGACCAAGCCGCACUCGUCCGCGCCGCCAAGGCCCGCCGCGUCCCCAUCCUCUCCAGCCCCGUCUUCCUCUCCCCCUUCGACCGGAUCGCCUCCGCCGACGACUUCGACUCCAAGCCCUACGUACUCGUUACCGAGUCCGGUUCCGCCAAAUCGAAGCUUCUAGGUUUCGUUUCCAGGUCCGAUUGGGAGAAGUUGCCGGAGAAGGAGGUCAAGGUUUUCGAUUACAUGGUGAAUUCGUCGGAUUACGUGCCGUGGAACUCCGAUUUGGGGAGGAUCGAGUCGUAUUUGCAGGAGAAAGGGAGGGAUUUGGCGGUUAUGGUGAAGGACGACGAGGUGGUCGAUUUUGUGACGAAGGAUGACGUGGAGCGGAUCAAGGAUUACCCGAAGUUGGGGGUCGGAACAGUUGGGGAAGAUGGGAAGUGGAUGGUGGGGGCGUCGAUUGGGACGAGGGAGCAGGAUAAGGAGAGGCUGCAGCAUCUGGUGGGGGAUGGGAUCAACGUGGUGGUAAUUGAUAGUUCUCAGGGGAACUCCAUUUACCAGAUUGAUUUGAUAAAGCAUAUUAAGUUGAAUUAUCCCGGACUGGAUGUGAUUGGAGGGAAUGUGGUGACCAUCAGCCAGGCACAGAAUCUGAUUCAGGCUGGAGUUGAUGGGUUGCGGGUCGGGAUGGGAUCUGGUUCCAUCUGUACUACCCAGGAGGUUUGCGCCGUUGGCCGAGGACAGGCAACUGCUGUUUACAAGGUCGCAUCUAUUGCUUCACAAUAUGGUGUUCCUGUCAUUGCUGAUGGUGGUAUUUCAAACUCUGGGCACAUAGUCAAGGCUUUGACUCUAGGGGCAUCCACUGUGAUGAUGGGAAGCUUUUUAGCUGGAAGCACUGAGGCUCCGGGAACUUACGAGUAUCAGAAUGGUUGCCGGGUCAAAAAAUAUAGAGGCAUGGGCUCUCUUGAAGCAAUGACAAAAGGGAGUGAUGCAAGAUACUUGGGUGACAAAGCCAAACUAAAAAUUGCUCAAGGGGUUGUUGGGAAGGUUGCUGAUAAAGGUUCUGUUUUGAAGUUCAUACCUUACACAAUGCAAGCAGUAAAGCAAGGCUUCCAAGAUCUUGGUGCUUCUUCUCUUCAGUCUGCUCAUGACCUCUUAAGAUCAAAGACUUUGAGGCUAGAGGUACGGACUGGAGCAGGCCAAGUGGAAGGUGGAAUUCAUGGGUUGGUUUCUUAUGAAAAGAAGUCGUUUUGAUAAAAUUGAUUAACAAAACAUCCUUAUUUAUGCUAUUUGGCUGGAGAGUGAGUACCCUUUGCAGUUCGUACUGCUCAGAAACAAAUUGGGGGGCACUUGACAGGGAUACAUGCAUGCUAACCCAUAAAAUAUUUUUAUGAGCCUUUUCUCUUUUGGAAGCCCAAAUUUUGAGCACACCAACCAACCAACCAUCGUUUUCUGUGGUCAGCAUGGGGGAGCUUUUCUUGCAUCUGUAUUUCUUUAUUUGUGCAAUAAAGAGGGACAUGAUUAUUUUUGUUUUUACCUUUAUCUAUAUAAUAAAGUUGAGCCUUUUUUUUUUUUUCGUCUAACUAGUUUAAGUAUGUCAAAGUGAUAUCUAUUGGCAAUAUGCAAUUUUUCUUUCAAGAAGAAAAUGG